AUGAGUGCUACGACUAGCUUGGAUGAACCACCAGAAGGGACAGUAUCAGGUUCUGAACAAGCCAACUACUCCUUUGGCUUUGUGUCUCAUGGAUCAGCAUCGGAAGAAGCUAGUCCCAUGGAAGCUGUCCCGGCACCUGAGAGAGUAACUUCGUCAAAGCGACCACACUCACCUCAACCUUUUGAUGCGCCUCGAGCGGGAACGACUGGCAUCGGAGGCUUCAGUGACGACCUAAUUGAGCUAGGAAGAUUCGAGGGCUUACCACCUUUUGAAAUGAUUGAGGAGCUACAUCGACUGUUUUUCCAGUUUCAGCCAAAGAUCGUACCCAUCGUCCAUCAAGGAAAUUACAUGCGAGCCUUCUACUCGCCCACGCAUAUGCGUCCGCCUAUGUGUUUACAGUACGCCAUAUGGGCAAACGCGGCAAAGGGGCAUCCCAUGCACGACCGUUACUAUGAUGUCUUUUAUCACCGUGCCCGUCAGUACUUGGAGGCUGAUGAACUGAAGGGACUCGGUGAGCAUUUUAUAACGCUCCAUCACGCCCAAGCGUUGAUUAUAACUGUCAUCAACGAGGCCCGCAGUAUGCUGUUCACCAGGGCCGCAAUGACUGCUGCAAGGUGUGCCAGGCUUGUGCACAUGCUAGGACUUCAACGACUCGAUGACCCUUUAGAAGGCGCAGAAGGAUCCGAUGGGCCCGUCCUACCUCCUGCCAAGAGCUGGGUGGAAUUAGAAGAACGUCGAAGAACAUUCUGGGGUGCUUAUUGUGUUAACGUUCAUGUCACCAUGAACACUGGGUGGCCUAUCCUGAUUGACGUGAAAGACCAGACCACAACCCAUCUUCCUGCCUCUGAAGAUGCCUUCAACACAGGUCUUCAUGAAGACUCGCCCACGCUCCAAGAAGCUUUUGCCGGCUCUUCUUAUUCCUCCUUCGCUAGUAGCGUCGUCAUAAGCUAUAUCUUCAACGAACUGCUCAACCAUGUGCACCGACCCAAAGUGUCGGACCGGCCUGACGACCUUCAAAACGGCCCAUACUGGAAUCGCCAUCGUGAGCUUGACAAUACCUUGAGUAAUGCUUUUAUGUUCCUACCCGAGAAGUUCCGACUGCCUACGAACAUCACGGAUACGGUGGCGUUGCAGGUUAAUCUGGAUCUACACGCGUCUGUAGUCUGCCUUCAUAGCGCUGCUUGUGAUGCGAUCAAGAAGCAUAGGCUCGACAAGCGACUGGGCGAAAGGAGUAAAGUGAGGAGACUGAAUGCUGCGAGGGAAGUCGUGAAGAUCAUGAGACUGGUCAGAGAGACCACCACCCCUUACAAAACCCCCUUGGUAGCCCUCUCCCUCUACUGCGCUUCGACAGUCUACAUUGACCUCGCCAAAGAAGCCUUUUCUUCGCCGUCACCCAUCUCACUCCCGCCCUGGCUAGGCUCCGAACUCAAAUUUCUCAACGAAUGCAUGGAGUCCAUUGGCCGGCAGCACGUUGUCACUCGCGCCUACCUCAACCAACUCCUACUCGACAUAGAGCAAAGCGACGUCGGAGCUUACUUCAAUCUUCCUAACAUCAAGAGGUAUGGGUGCUGCAACCAUGGCAUUCCCCUGCUGGUCAGGACGGCUGUGUCGAGGUAUACAAAGAAUGGCGGGAGGCCGCUGGUGCCGAGAAUGAUGCCUAUGGGCGGUGGGGGUAGGAUCAUACCAGAAGGAGCCAGCGGUGGUGGUGGUGGUGGUGGGUGUCCGUUAGGAGUGACAGCGGCGCAAGCUUGUGGUGGGAAUCUGAACGAAAAUGGGGGAGGAGCGGCGGCGGCGGGAGUCGGACCACCACCACCGGAAAGUGAACUUGGUGCUUGUAGUGGUGGUGGUAUUCAGUGUCCGAGCAAGCAAACUGGUAAUGACACAGUGACCAGCGACGAUGGAAGCGGCGGACCGGGAAUGGCACCGGAAACCAAUAAACGAAGACGGGUCCACUACGAAGAGCCAUCCUUCAUCGAACGCAUCGACCUUUCGGACCUCUUCAAGUUCGGCAGCUCCGCACUCCCCUCCAACUCUCAGCAUCAGUACAACCACCACCAGCCAACAACGGCAGCCGCAUCAUCACCAAAUCUCCUCACCACCACCGGAAACAGUGACGAAUUCAACGAUGGCUGGGGCCCAGGACCUGCGACUGUCAUGAUGGGACCUCCUCAUUUGAUGGCUCGGCCCGGCAAUCAGACAUCCCGGCCGCCAGUAGUCCACAACCCAUUACCUCACCGAACCAUGAACAACAACCCAUCCACAUCCACCACCGGCAUGUUCCCUAACAACAACAACAACAACAACAACAACAACAACAACACCAUCGUCGGUGACGGUACUGGAGGACUGGGCCCUUCAUCAUCCAUGUCUGAUUUCGACGUCGACGCCAACAACCAACAAUACAUUAUCCCGCUCCCGCUUGAAGACAUUGCCAACAUGGAUAGCAUGUUCUCCGAUAUCACCGGGAUGGAUGGGAUGGAUGGGAUGAAUGGGAUCAUCGACUUGGACUUGGACUUGACAAACGUAUUAUUGGUUGAUCCCACCAUGUUUUUGAGUACUGGUACAUAA